AUGCAGACAGUCUUCAAACAUACACGGGCAAUUUCGUCGACACAUGUUCCUACGUUUCUCGCAGAAGGAACGGGACUGGGCGACGAUACUUGUGGCUUGCUAACCCUGGACUUUCGAGCACGUGCGUGGUGCCGACAUGCGCGAGUCACCCCGCCGCCGACAGAACGCACUGCUCAGCGUUCCAUGCUCAGCCCGAACUACUUCCUGGAUUCUCGACUUUUCCGUUAUCGGUGUUUCUGUCAGUUGUUUUGAAGCGGACAAUCUCAUGCAGCCAGCAGACAGCACUCCACAAAACAGCCGCGAACGCGCGUGACCUAGCGGCUGCAAGCGACACCAGGUCCAGCCACGCUGCCCACUGACUUCGGUGGCAAGGGGCAGCCGAGCCUGGCGUGGCAAGCCCAGCUGGUUUCACUGUUUUCUGGCGUUUCUCGGCGAUGGAAUGUUUUCCAGCACACAGAGCGAAUGUGGAGCCCCCGGGAAAAGUGGAUGAUCCUGCCAGACUCUGCGCGCGUGCGAGCAAGCUCUGUUUGAACACGCGGUUCCUGGCUGCUGCCACGUGCUGCCAGGACUUCCCUGUGCAGCACUCGGUUGCUGCUGCUAAGGAAAGCUGUAUCUGUCUUGCACGGGUAAACUGGGCGCCGUUCGUUUGAGAAGAAUCUUUUUCCUACAUCGUGACUCGCUCUCUUCGUCAUCGGAUCACGAGUUUCUGAAUCGCACGAGCGCCAGAACGCGGUCAGCCCAGUCACAGCUGUGCUGCACAGCGAAUCGCCGCACCCGUCGCUUCUUGCGAAACCCGUCCCACGAAAAGCUCUCCCGCCACGAUUUCGGAAACGUUUCGGGUUUCGCAGCGCGCCUGUGCCUGCCAAAACGACAAUUCUUUGCGUGUCUUGUGGAAACGGUCCUCUUUUCUGCGGCAGCCUGGUGCGGACGGGUCUUGCAGCGGCCGCGUGGCCCCAUAUCAUCUCGGCGUGUCGCGAGCUGGCCGUCCCAUGCCAAGGAACAAGCAGAACAUAUGAGAGUCUUUUGGCGCGGCACACGCAGUGACAAAACCCCUGUUUCGUCAGCCAUGCGAGUCACUGCAACCAGUCGAGUGUCGCCUUUCUU